UGCUGCUGUUGAAAAGAAGAGGAUCCGAGAAGAGCUUUGCCGUCGCAGUCAUAGGCCGAAGAGACAGAAGCUUGGCAGACGUCGAAGGUGCCAGGGGCACUUUUACCCCCACCUUGAUUACCCCUCCACAGCUUGCACCAAACUUCCAACUCGGCCCCGGAUAUCGCUGUCGCAAGCUGAGAAACCGCAAAGAACACAGUCAAAAUGAAGCAGAGAUUCUCGUCCUUGGACGUAAAGGUGAUAGCCCACGAGCUCUCCGAAGCCCUCGUCAGCCUCCGCCUAGCCAACAUCUACGACCUCAACUCCAAAAUCCUCCUCUUCAAGUUCGCCAAACCCGACAACCGCCAACAGCUCCUCAUCGAAUCCGGCUUCCGCUGCCACCUCACAGACUUUGCCCGCUCCACCGCCCCGGCCCCUUCAGCCUUCGUCACCCGCCUGCGCAAGUUCCUCAAGACCCGGAGAGUCACCAGCGUCUCCCAGAUCGGCACAGACAGAAUUAUCGAGUUUCGAUUCUCCGACGGAGCCUACAGGUUAUACCUCGAGUUCUUCGCCAGCGGCAACGUCAUCCUCACCGAUGCCGACUUGACCAUCAUCGCCCUGUUGCGGAAUGUUCCCGAAGGCGAGGGACAAGAGCCACAGCGGGUUGGGCUGAAGUACACCCUCGAAAACAGACAAAACUUUGGCGGCGUUCCGGAGCUCACAAAAGAGCGUCUGAGAGCUGCGUUGAAGACGGCAGCGGAGCAUGCGGUUACGAAAAAGGCAAAGAAGAAGGGGGCGGACGAGCUGAGGAGGGGGUUGGCAACUACCAUCACCGAGUUGCCCCCUGUGCUGGUUGAUCACGUCUUUCGAUUAACCGAGUUCAACUCUGCCGCGAAGCCCCUUGAGAUUCUGGAGAGCGAGACUUUGCUGGAUUCUCUGUUUCGGACGUUGGAGAAGGCGAGGGCGGUGCUGGACGAGGUGACGAGCUCGCCCAGGGCAACGGGAUAUAUCAUUGCCAAGCCUAAUCCGCGUGCUGUCGAGCAGCCACCAGCGGAGACUGAAGGGGAGACGCAGAAAGAGAAGCCUAGGGGUCUGCUCUAUGAAGAUUUCCAGCCUUUCCUUCCAAAACAGUUCGAGGAUGAUCAGGGGCUGACAACACUUUCCUUUGAUGGGUACAACAAGACGGUUGACGAGUUCUUCUCUUCUCUCGAGGGACAGAAGCUUGAGUCCAAGUUGCAGGAGCGGGAAGCUACUGCCAAGAGGAAAUUGGAUGCUGCCCGUCAGGACCAGGCCAAGAGGAUCGAGGGGCUGGUUGGUUUUCAGACGUUGAACUUGCGCAAGGCUGCCGCUAUUGAGGCCAAUAUCGAACGUGUUCAAGAGGCUAUGGAUGCGGUGAAUGGGCUGCUUGAGCAGGGCAUGGACUGGGUUAACAUCAACAAGCUUGUCGAGCGAGAGCAGGCGCAAGGGAACCCCGUGGCCGAGAUCAUCAAGCUACCUGUGAAUCUCGCUGAGAGCACAAUUACCCUGUUGCUUGGCGAGGAAGAGGAGGAAGAGGCAGGUGGAGAUGAAGAUAUGGAAUUCAACUACGAUACCGACGAAGAGGUCGUUGACGCUGCUCCCGAACCUGAGAAGGCCAAGGGGCCGGAUAAGCGAUUGGCAAUCGACAUCAACCUCAAACUCUCCGUCUGGAACAAUGCUCGGGAAUACUACGAGCAAAAGAGGACCGCUGCUGACAAGGAAAAGAAGACCGUUGCGCAGUCGGUUAUUGCGCUCAAGAGUGCCGAGCAAAAGAUUACAGAGGACUUGCGGAAGGGGCUUAAGCAGGAGAAGCCUGUGCUGCAGCUGAUCAGGAAGCAGAUGUGGUUUGAGAAGUUCGUCUGGUUUAUCUCCUCAGAUGGCUAUCUCGUGCUUGGUGGGCGAGAUGCGCAGCAGAAUGAGAUUCUGUACAAGCGGUAUUUGAAAAAGGGUGACGUGUAUGUUCAUGCCGAUAUGCACGGUGCAUCUACCGUCAUCAUCAAGAACAGCCCCAAGACCCCUGAUGCGCCAAUUCCGCCUUCAACACUGGCUCAGGCGGGUAGCUUGUCGGUGUGCUGCUCGAGUGCGUGGGACAGCAAGGCGGCGAUGGGCGCGUGGUGGGUGAAUGCCGAUCAAGUGUCCAAGUCUGCUCCGACGGGCGAGUACCUCCCGGCCGGGUCCUUCAUGGUCAGGGGGAAGAAAAACCCGCUGCCACCGGCUCUUCUGAUGCUCGGGUUCGGGUUGAUGUUCAGGAUAUCAGAGGAAAGCAAGGCAAAGCAUGUCAAGCAUAGGCUGUACGACGGCGAUAUCGAUCUUGCUCCCCCAUCGAAGCCCGAGAAGGAGACCGAAAAAGAAGCCGCCCCAGAGCAAGACAACCACGAAGACUCUGGCACCGACGGAGACGACGACGGCCCCGAAGACGAAAAGAGAUCCAACCCUCUUCAGUCCAGCGGUAAACCCCAGUCCGAGGACGAAGAUGAAGAAGCCCCUGAGCCCCCAUCAGACCAACUCUCCAACCUCGACAUCGCCCCCGUGGAAGAACAAAAGCAACAAGCUGAACCCGAACCAACCCCCGUCUCCAAUUCCGACUCUGAGUCUGACCACGAAGAGGAAGAAAAGGAAAUCGGAACUCCCUCCAGAGCCGGCACCUUCACCCCCUCCCAAUCCCAACCCCAACCCAACAAGAGACCCCUUAAACGCGGGCAACGCUCCAAAGCCAAAAAGAUUGCCCAAAAAUACAAAAACCAAGACGAAGACGACCGCGCCUUGAUGGAAGAACUCCUCGGUGUGGCUGCUGCACGCAAAAAGGCCGAAGCCGAAGCAGCGGCAAAGAAGCAAAAAGAACUAGACCACCUCGCCGCGAUGGAAAAACGGCGCAAACAACAGGAGAGGCAACAAGCACAAAUCGCCAAGCACGAAGAAAUCCGCAAGAUGAUGCUUGAAGAAGGUGUGGAUAUUCUCGACGAGAACGAAAAGGCCGAUGCAGGACCGUUGGACAGUCUUGUCGGGACCCCCAUGCCAGGGGAUGAGAUACUGGAGGUUGUGCCUGUUUGUGGACCUUGGAGUGCGCUGGGGAAGUUGAAGUAUAAGGUCAAGUUGCAGCCUGGGCAGGUGAAGAAGGGGAAGGCGGUCAAGGAGAUUUUUGAGAGGUGGAAGCUGGCUGCCGGCAAAAAGGGGGUUGUUGACCCCAAGGGGGAGGAUGGGGAGAAGAUGUGGCCUAGGGAGGUGGAGUUGAUUAAGGGGGUCAAGGUGGAGGAGGUGCUUGGGGUGGUGCCGGUUGGGAAGGUGACGCUCAUGGCCGGGGGUGGGAUGUUGGGGGGAGGGGCGGAUAAGAAGGGUGGUGGUGGUGGGGGCCAGAGUAAAGGCGGGAAGGGGAAGGGGGGUGGUGGUGGUGGUGGUGGGAAGAAGGGAAGAUAA